UCCCUCCCCCUUAACCUGCUUAGCCGUCACCUCCAACAAGAAAGUUUAGGUUCAAAGUCUGGGUCCAAUUUUCGAAGUUUCUUAAAUCUUUCUAAGGCCUACUUUUUAGUUCAUUAUUUAUAUUUUCAGUUGAAAAUGUCUAAUAGCAAGAUGUUGAGUGCACUAAAGAUCCUUAAACAUCGGAAUAACAUUAAAUUUUUCAAUAGUGCAAACUGUAGAUCGUAUGCAGUUGCUGCAGGUAAUCAUGUCCAUACCAAGUGUAAAUUAGUUGACGGCGUUUAUGUCAUUACUUUAGACUCUCCAAAUGUUAAGGUAAAUACACUUAAUACAGUGUUGAUGGAUGAGUUUAGAACUAUUGUGAAUGAAGUGGAUUCAAAUCCCUCGAUAGAGGCAGCCGUGCUAAUAUCUGGCAAGCCAGGCUGCUUUAUAGCCGGUGCUGACAUAACUAUGAUUGAGAACUGCAAAACAAAAGAGGAAGUUAUUAGUCUUUCUAAAGCUGGCCAUGAAAUAUUCAAACGCAUGGAAAACUCUCGCAAGCCAUAUGUAGCAGCAAUUCAAGGUUCUUGUCUGGGCGGAGGCCUGGAAACAGCUCUGGCUUGUCACUAUAGAAUUGCAGUCAAGGACUCAAAGACUGGUCUUGGACUACCUGAGGUUAUGUUAGGUCUUUUACCAGGAGGAGGUGGCACUCAAAGGACACCUAAACUCACAUCAGUGCCUACAACAUUGGACUUAGCAUUAACAGGGAAAACAGUUAAAGCAGAUAAAGCAAAGAAAUUAGGACUUGUAGAUUUAUUAGUAUCGCCUUUAGGACCAGGUCUAAGUCAACCUGCUGAUAACACAAUGAAGUACCUAGAAAAUGUUGCUGUGCAAAUUGCAAAAGACAUUGCAUCUGGGAAGCUUAAGGUGGACAGAUCUAAGAAAGGACUAGUUGACAAAGUAAUGGCAACAGCAAUGAAAUGGGACUUUGUUAAAAACAUGAUCUUUAAAAAGGCUAAGGAACAAGUAAUGAAAGCAUCCCGUGGUUUAUAUCCUGCACCUUUGAAGAUUCUUGAAGUAGUAAGAACCGGUGUAGAUAAAGGACCCAUUGAAGGUUACGAAGCUGAAGCACAAGGGUUCGGUGAGUUAGCCAUGACUCCACAGAGCAAAGGACUGAUCGGCCUUUUUAGAGGUCAAACUGAAUGUAAGAAAAACAGAUUCGGUAAAUCGAAAGUGGAUGUUAAAACAAUUGGUGUACUUGGCGCUGGUUUGAUGGGUGCGGGUAUAGUGCAAGUGUCAAUAGACAAGGGUUACAAUGUUGUUAUGAAAGAUGCAACAAACCCUGGCCUCUACAGAGGAGUGGGACAGAUACAGACUGGCUUAGCCAAUGCCGUUAAACGCAAAAGAAUUUCCGCAUUACAAAAAGACAAAUAUUUAUCAAAUCUCUUACCAACAUUGAGUUAUGAUCAUUUCAAAAAUGUGGACUGUGUAAUUGAGGCUGUAUUCGAGGAUAUUAAUAUAAAGCAUAAAGUUAUAAAGGAGCUGGAAGCUGUGAUACCCGAGCACUGUAUUCUAGCCACUAAUACCAGUGCUAUACCCAUCACUAAAAUAGCUGCUGGUAGUCGUCGUCCUGAAAAAGUUAUCGGUAUGCACUACUUCUCUCCGGUGGACAAGAUGCAGCUGCUGGAGAUCAUCCGGCAUCCAGGCACGAGUGAGGACACUGCGGCGGCUGCAGUGGCUGUUGGCCUGCGUCAGGGCAAGGUUGUCAUCACCGUGGGAGACGGGCCCGGCUUCUACACAACACGCAUACUCUCUACCAUGCUCAGCGAGGCUGUCAGGUUGUUACAAGAAGGUGUUGACCCGAAAGACUUAGAUAACAUGACCAAACAGUUUGGGUUCCCUGUGGGAGCUGCCACACUCGCUGAUGAAGUCGGUAUAGACGUUGGUUCACAUAUUGCUGUCGAUUUAGCAAAGGCUUUCGGUGACCGUAUCGCCGGCGGUGAUCUCGGCAUCAUGCAGGACUUAGUGAAGGCGGGCUUCAUGGGCAGGAAGUCGGGCAAAGGUUUCUACGUGUACGAGAAGGGCACUAAGAACAGGGACGUCAACCAGGACGCCGUGCAAAUAUUGAAGGACAAAUACUCUCUGGAGCCUAAAGGUGCCAAUACUGUUGAAGAUCAACAAUUACGUAUGGUUUCCAGGUUCGUGAAUGAAGCAGUAUUAUCGUUGGAAGAGAAAAUUCUCCACAGCCCACUGGAGGGCGACGUGGGCGCUGUCUUCGGUCUAGGAUUCCCUCCAUUUACUGGCGGACCUUUCAGAUGGGUUGAUCAAUUUGGUGCUGAUAAAUUAGUUAAGAAAAUGGAAGAGUUCCAGGGAUUGUACGGAGCACCGUUCAAGCCGGCUCAGACUCUUAUCGACAUGGCCAAAGAUACAAGCAAGAAGUUCCAUACCAAGUAAUAAGUAUAGCUUUCAAUGAACUGUGAAAUCAUUGAAACUAUAUUACUUUAUAAUAACCAGCCAUUGAUUAAUAUUUUUUAUUU